UGGCCCAACACUCGCUAGACUGCGAUAUGGCUGAAACGGUGACGGAUGCACCCUCGGAACCAGCCCAUCCGGGGAUGAGCCUGCAGGAAGGCACGGAUGCUGGGAUGCUUGGAGCGGCCGGCACAACAAACACCAUCAUCACCAGUACCACCACCACCACCGACGCGGAGUUGCUGCCCGACGGCGGUAACUGCCAUACGCCGGCGGAAGGGUUCAUCUGCGGCGUGGUGGAAGGGUUCUACGGCCGCCCGUGGACAACGGAGCAGCGGAAGGAUCUGUUCCGCAAGCUGAAGCAGUGGGGCAUGGACGCGUACAUCUACGCACCGAAGGACGACUACAAGCACCGGGCGUACUGGCGCGAGCUGUACACGGUGGAGGAGGCGGACCACCUGACCGGGCUCAUAGCGGCCGCCCACGAGCAGGGCAUCAACUUUUACUACGCCCUGUCGCCCGGUCUGGACAUCACGUACAGCAGCGCGAAGGAGAUCGGCAUCCUGAAGCGCAAGCUCGACCAGGUGUCGCAGUUCGGGUGCAAAGCGUUCGCCCUGCUGUUCGACGACAUCGAGCCGGAAAUGUCGAAACCGGACAAGGAGGUGUUUCAGAGCUUCGCCCACGCCCAGGUGUCGGUGACGAACGAAAUCUUCAACCACCUGAACUGUCCCCGGUUUCUAUUCUGCCCGACCGAGUACUGCAGCUCGCGGGCAGCGCCCACCGUCAAGCAGUCCGAGUAUCUGAACACGCUCGGCUCGAAGCUGGUCCGAGCGAUCGACAUCCUGUGGACGGGACCGAAGGUCAUCUCGAAGGUGCUUACGGUGGAGUGUAUCGAGGAGAUCACGGAGGUGCUGAAGCGACCGCCCGUCAUCUGGGACAAUCUGCACGCGAACGAUUACGACCAGAAGCGCGUGUUUCUUGGCCCGUACAGUGGCCGGUCGCCGGAGCUGAUACCGCUGCUGCGCGGUGUCGUGACGAAUCCGAACUGCGAGUUUCACGCCAACUCCAUCGCCAUCCAGACGCUGGCGUUCUGGAGCAAGUGCAGUGCGGACACGAAGAUUGCCAGCUCGCUGUCGCCCGACAUUAAGCUGGAGACGGAGAACGAGCAGGGCAUCUGUGAGGGCGAUGCGCCGGCAUUCCUGUCCGAGAACGUGUACCAUCCACGGUUGGCGCUGAAGAAUGCGAUCGCCAACUGGUUGCCGGAGUUCUACCAGGAAAAGGAAGCCUGGGGACCGAUUACCAAACCUCAGCCGGCUGUAACAAUGGUGAUGCCCAUCAUUCCCAUCAUACCGUCGGUGAACACGUGCAUGACGCUAACGUCGACCAGCACAACGACCACGACCACUGCCACCGCUCUGCCGAUGCCGGAAGUCAACACCACCCAGCUGCAGCUGUUUGCGGACGUGUGCAGCACCGUCACGAACGUGGCGGAAACACUGCCCAAUCCCAUCAUGAACUCGCUCGUCUCGGCGACGAAGGUGGUCACCAACGAAUCGAUUCCGAAUCCGGUCGUGGCAGCGGUGAACCAUAUCGCUAUUCCGCCGACGAUCCCGCUCUCCAGUAUUCCGGUGCCGCUGCUGAACAUGAAACCCACGGAAAGCGACGGGGCCGAGGCGGUGGACUGUUGUCGGGAGCCGGCCAACAGUGUAGACAUGGAGAAGGUCAACCCGAAUGGUUCGUGUCGCCCCGAAGGAGAUGCAGCUCCACUCCUGGACGGUGAUGCGGUGAUACGGGACGAAUCGAAUGAGCAGCGACGGGAAGAUGACGGCGCAGACGGUCAGCGACAGACGAUCACGGAAGAGGAGGCAAAAAUGCUGGACCUGGAGGAAAACGAGGUAAAGAUGGUGGAUGCAAGCGAGGAGCCGGACGAUAAGAUGACGGUAAGCGACGAACAGGUGGCAAUCUGUCAGGCACCGCCGGCCCUGGACAAAAUGGUAGACGACGAAAGUGAUAGCAAGCCGGACGCGAGCGGGUCCGUCGUGCCGGAACCGAUGGAGUGUGGCAGCAAUCUGACCUCGCCCAAGCAUCAGCUGAAAACGCACUUCGACGAUAUUGUGAUGUCGGAAACCACGUCGACCUGCUCCGGGACGAUGCAAGUCGAAAGCUCCGACACGUCGCUAGAAAUGGCAGAAGAUAAAAAUGGGCAGGAAAAACAGAUAACCGCCGGUGACAUAAUGCUGCUGUGCGAUCUGUUCUACCUGCCGUUCGAGCACGGUUCGAAAGCGCUGCAGCUGCUGAGCGAAUUCUACUGGCUGCGCAACAACGCGUACGUGCUUUGCGCGCAGCGCACGAACCGUGGCGGAAAGCAGCGCACAACCAGCACGGCCAGUGCGGGCGGUGGCGUUACACCGACCACCGAUGGUGCUGCUGCUGCUGGGCAACCGUCGGGCGAGGAUAUAACGGAAGCGAGCAACGGGCCUGCAACGGAUGGGCGCGAUCUGAGCAAGUGCGACGCCCAGGAGUGGCUGCGCCGCUCGGAAUCGUUCCAAACGCUGUGUCAAAGUAUUUUCCUGCUGACGAAGAAGAUAGCGAACUGUGCGAACAAGGAAAUGUGUUACGAUUUGUUUUCGUACGUCUGGGACAUUGCCAGUGUGCUUUCGCUGCUGAGCGCCUUCGUGAAGUGGCUAGCGUUGGGCAAUUUUCCUCCCACGAUCAAUUCGUUCACGCAGGGUGGAUAUAAUUGGUUUAGCAAAGGCUGGAAGGAAACGUUCAUGUCCGGCGACCAGGAACCGUGGGUAUUUCGGGGCGGUUUGGUGGCCGACCUGCAACGGCUGAUUCCGCUCGAUACGGGUAACGAUCUGUUCCUGUACAAAACGCCCGAAACGUCCGCCGUGCGGCUGUACUCGAUACGCCCGUACAUGUUUAGCGAUGAGGCCACGCUGUACGACAUCUGCCACCGGACGGCACUGGAUGGCGAGCCGAUGGCUGACCGGCCAGCGCAAAGCCCCCUCGGCCAGCUGAUAGCGGACCGGUAUCUGGGCCCGUUCCUGACGCUGGCGCCCGAGCUUUGCCUGGUGAUCGAGGACCACAACGGACAGACCGUCGGGUACGCCUGCGCAGCGCUGGAUGCGAAAGUGUUCGUCCGAAACAUGGAGCACUGCUGGAUACCGGAGAUGUGCAUCAAGUAUCCCGUGUCGCUCGCACCGGCGGCGGAACAGCCGGAUGGCAGCACGGGUGGCGGCAGUCCGGAGGAGAUAGCCGGCCCCAACCAGGCGGCCGGUUCCCGAACAUCACAAAUGGUUCGUGAUAGUAUUCACUACUUUCACAGCUUCCAAAACGACUAUCCGGCGGCCGUGCUGGGCAAGCAUCCGUCGCUGAUGUGCUGCCGCAUCCUGAAGGACCACUUCAUGGAGGACGAGACGGUGUGCAAGCGGGUGGUGACGGUACUGCUGGCGGCACUGCGCUGCCACGGCACUUCCUUCGGCGUGCACGUGUGCAUCAGUCGUAGCGAUCGGUUUUUGUACCAGUUUUAUGCGAAGCUUGGCUUUGUGGAGAUUGCCGGUACCGAGCCGGACCCGAACCUGUACAUGGGCCGGAGCUUCUAAGCGGGUCGGUGUCGGCAACCCAACCAGCCAAACUCACAUACUCACACGUGUGUACGAGCGUGCUUCUUAAUCGACGGUGAUCAAUUCAGCUCCUUCAGCUCCGUCCUAUCGGCAUGGACGGCCUUCUGCAAACGAUUCUAUCCCUCCCGAGCGUAUCCUUCCUAAGGGGUAGCAUAAGCGGGUACGUGUUUAUGCUUUACCUGUAAUUCUCAAUUCUCAAUUGGAAUGCUAGGGACAGUGGAGCUUUCCUUUCCUCUUCCUGGCUCGAUGCAUCGCAAUCUCGCAACAUCGUAUCGUAUUAUUCGGUUUACGCAAACGGAGACUGGCUUAAUAAAAAUGCAUGUAUUACGCGCGACACGACGUUCGGCGGCAAGAUGUGUGUAGAAA